CCCACCUGAAUCAGAGGUAUCUCUUCCAUACUGCAUCUACAGCUCUGGCCUUGCUGCUGCACGCGCAGCUUGGCUCAUCCUUCAUCCUGUCAUGCUACUUCACAAACUGGGCGCAGUACAGACCACCUCCCACCAUUUACAUGCCCAAUGACAUCGACCCAUGCCUGUGUACCCAUCUUCUGUAUGCUUUUGCCACCAUCAAGAACAACAAACUGGCCACCUAUGAGUGGAACGAUGUGGAGCUUUACGGUCAAUUCAACGCCCUGAAGAACAAGAACGGAAACCUGAAGACUCUUCUGUCUGUUGGCGGAUGGAACUUUGGCUCUACAGGAUUUUCACAAAUGGUGUUGAGCGCUGCCAACCGUCAGACCUUCAUCGACUCAGUCAUUACAUUCCUGAGGAAGUAUGAGUUUGACGGGCUUGACAUUGACUGGGAGUAUCCUGCCAACAGAGGAGGCUCUUAUCAGGAUAAGCAGUACUACUCUAUUUUCCUGGAGGAGAUGAGAGCUGCCUUUGAGAAGGAGGCCAAGCAGAGCAACAAGGCUCGUCUUCUGAUGUCUGCUGCUGUGUCGGCUGGAAAGGACACCAUUGAUUCUGCUUAUCAGAUUCCCAAGCUUGGCCAGAGCCUGGACAUGAUCAACGUCAUGACAUAUGACUUCCAUGGCUCUUGGGACCCCAUGACCGGCGAGUGCAGUCCCCUGUUCAGAGGCCCCGAGGACCAGGGUGGUUUUAUCUACUUCAAUAUCGAUUACGCCAUGAACUACUGGAAGAGCCAGGGAGCUCCAGCUGAGAAGUUGAUUGUUGGUUUCCCCACAUACGGCAACACAUUCACUCUCCGUAACCCUGCUGACCACGGUGUCGGAGCACCUGUCGCUGGUGCUGGAACUCCGGGAAAGUACACACAAGAGGCUGGAGAGCUCGCUUACUUUGAGAUCUGCGGCUUUUUGAAAGACGGAGCCACUGAGGUUUGGAACCAGGCCCAGGAUGUGCCAUAUGCCUACAAGGGAAACCAGUGGGUGGGCUAUGACAAUAUGAAGAGCUUCCAGAUCAAGGUUGACUGGCUGACUAAGAGCAACUUUGGUGGUGCCAUGGUUUGGACGAUUGACAUGGAUGACUACAUGGGCACUUUCUGCAACCAGGGGAAAUACCCACUGAUUAAUGUUCUUAAAAAGGGCCUUAAUCUGGAACAAGCAUCCUGCGCCCCUCCCGCCACCCGCCUUCCUCCAAUUGUCGGAAUGAGCACGACCGCCAGCUCUGGCGGCAGCUCUGGAGGAGGCUCCAGCAGUGGCGGCAAAUCCUCUGGUGGGGACUCCGGCACCAGCGGUAUGGACAGCAAUUUCUGCAGUGGAAAGGCUAAUGGCAUGUACCCCAGCCCAACAGACAAGAACCAAUACUACAACUGUGCCAAUGGCAACACCUUCUUCGGGCACUGUGCUGCUGGUCUGGUCUUUGACACCUCCUGUUCUUGUUGCAACUGGGCAUAAAGCUGAAGUUAUAGAUUGACUGUUAACUGCUUAAAGGCUGGAUGACCCAGUUUUACAUUUUUUCUCAGCUCCGAGGGGCCAACUUCUCCGAGUACAAAGUCCUUUGCUCCCACGAUGGAUGUUAAACAAUGUAAAACCUGAGGCUGUCCUCUUGACUAGUUAAAUUGGAAAAGCAAAGAAAAUAAACAUUUGAAUUGUCACAGG